AGUGUUUGUAAUGUGUGUAAGAGUUCAGCUCAGACUGUGUGAGCUCCGUGUAGACUGUAUUCUGCUAUGUGCGAGUAAAAGUUAAAAGUUAUAAAUUGUGUAAAACAUAUAUUCUAAUAGCCCUGUCUCGAUCCAGCCAAUCACGUGCCAGUUCUGAUCUCUGCCUCAUUAAUAUUCAUGAGCUGGAGUCGCUUCCCUGGACUAGUUGUUUUUGGCUGAGGCGCUGACGCAGAAUGAGCUGCUGUCCGGUACCGUGUGUGAAAUACCUGCUAUUGAUCUUCAACCUUCUCUUCUGGCUGGCAGGUACAGGUGUGUUGGCUGUGGGGCUCUGGCUCAGGUUUGAUCCCAAGACUAAAAACCUGUUUGAAGGUGAUGACUCUCUGCGUGGCUUCUACAUCGUGGUAUAUAUCCUCAUAGCUGUAGGAGGGUUGAUGAUGCUGGUUGGGUUCCUCGGCUGCUGCGGUGCCAUACAGGAGUCACUAUGCAUGCUGGGAUUGUUUUUUUUCCUCUUAGUGCUUAUCUUUGUUGUGAAACUUGCUGUUGGGAUUUGGGGAUUUUCCAUCCAGAGUAAGGUUGUCGAUAAUGUCACUCACUUUUACAAGGAAACCUACAAAAAAUACAAAGAGGAAAAACAGGACACUCUGAGAGAGACCCUGCAACUGAUCCACUACGGGCUGUUCUGCUGUGGACCCUACGAGUCUGAAGGCAUGGCGACUGUGCCGGAGACGUGUCCUAAAUUUGAGGGUCUGGAUUUGCACCUCAAGGACUGCCCCAAUGCCAUUGAGAAAUUCUUCACCUCUAAACUCCACAUUAUCGGAGGCGUGGGGAUCGGAAUCGGAGUGAUCAUGCUCCUGGGCAUGAUCUUCAGCAUGAUGCUGCUGUGUGCCAUCAGGAGGAGUCAGGAGAUCGUCUGAGGGCGGGGAUGUGAGAGGGGGCGGUGCCGUGAGAGACGCCGCCCUGUUCAUGUUGCAUGAGUUCCAUCCGGAAGCUCCGUCUGUCACCGGCUCUGCGCACCUCGCGUCUGAUUGGUGGAAAUUUCACACGUUAGCUCUGGUUCAUAUGGAGAAAAAAAACAAACUGUAGAUGUAGUUAACUUUGUGGAGAAAAAAAGCUGUAAGUUUAUAUAUUUUGUAUUGUCCAUGUCGGAAAUGACCAUGACGUGGUGGGGUCACUCUGCUGAUGUUGUGUUGACAUAAACAAGAAUCUGACCUUUUUAAACAUUA